AUGCUGGAUAUCGGCGAGCAGCUGACGGUGCCCGAUGACUUUUCAGAGGAGGAGAAGACGUCUGGCUACGUGUGGCGGCAGUUGAUGGCAGGAGCUGUGGCCGGAUCAGUAUCGCGUACUGGAUCUGCUCCUUUGGAUCGCCUGAAAGUCUUCCGUCAGGUACACGGCUCAUCUGCUUUUACAGGAAACGUGCUGACCGGUCUUCAGUUCAUGGUCACAGAAGGAGGACUGCGCUCACUGUGGAGGGGCAACGGAAUCAAUGUGCUCAAAAUCGCUCCAGAGACUGCAGUCAAAUUCACAGCUUAUGAACAGAUCAAACAUGUGAUGCGCAGCAGUAAUGAAAGCAGAAAUCUGAGGCUUCACGAGAGGUUUAUCGCAGGCUCUUUGGCCGGAGCCACAGCUCAGACUGCUGUCUACCCCAUGGAGGUGCUGAAAACCCGUCUCACGCUGAGAAAGACAGGACAGUUCAGUGGAAUCAUAGACUGUGCAAAGCAGAUGCUGCAGCGAGAAGGAAUCGCGGCCUUCUACAAGGGCUACGUGCCCAACAUGCUGAGCAUUGUCCCUUACGCUGGUAUCGACCUGGCGGUCUAUGAGACGCUGAAGUUUGCCUGGCUUAACAGGAACAGGGGUUUAGCUGAUCCAGGGGUCACAGUGCUGGUUGGUUGUGGCGCCGUCUCCAGUACGUGUGGACAGUUGGCGAGCUACCCGCUGGCACUGAUCCGCACCCGCAUGCAAGCACAAGUUUCAGCAGAUCAAGUGUCCAUGGUGGCUUUGUUUCGCAGCAUCAUAUCUAAGGAGGGGAUCGCUGGACUUUAUCGGGGGAUUUCUCCCAACUUGCUGAAAGUGGUCCCAGCCGUCAGCAUUUCCUACGUCGUCUAUGAAUACACGAGGAUGAUGCUUGGUGUGGACAUGGAGGGUAGGAGAGGAGGGAGGGGGAAGGCUUAGCGGCACGGUGUGAUGUUUGGGUGUGUGCACGUUGACAGUGCGUGAGGAGGUGGACCGAGGCCGGACACGUUAUCGCACUAUCGUGCUGUCAACAUUUGAUGAAUGUUCCAGAAUAGAAGCCUGGUGUGGAUGCAGUGAGACGGCUUUCAGUGCAUGGCCCAGUGUCAACAAUAACCAGGUAGCUUCCAGCGACUGCAUGAACCCGCCUUAUCGUUUUCACAAUCCCCAAAGCCAAAGCGCAUCAGUCUUUCUCCCGUGCAUCAUCAGGUGAACUAUAGAGGAGGCGGGGCAAUAAGACAGCGACGCGAGCGCUGAGUCGACAUAAACCUCUGUUGUCGUCUGCACUGAGGAGACGUGAAGUUACCAGAAGACGUCCUUCUGCUUGCCAACGUUACUGCUGUGGAACUGACGUGUCGAGUUUUUUGUUGUAUUACUUUUGAAAAUGCAACAGCAACUCUGUUUGUGUAUUAAUAUUUAUUACACAAUUUACAAUAAAUCUUUGCA